UUGUUUUUGUUAAAGCUGCAUCACAGUCUGCUUUGAAGCGGGUUCACAUUCCAACCCUCAACUUCGUUCAAAAAGCAAGCGAGGAAAACCCUAACCCCGAUCACAUCUGAAUAUGCCUGAAGGUACAGACGAAUCAGGUUCACAUGCGGAGUCCAUAAUGGAGAAGAUUAAGGAGAAGAUUCAUGGAGAAGAUGACUCUUCUUCUUCUUCUUCUUCUUCGGAUUCUGAGACUGAGAAGCCGUCACUUUCAGCUGCAAAGGCAAAGGUUAAUCGAUUAUUUGGUAGACAGAAGCCGGUUCAUUCUGUUCUAGGAGGUGGAAAACCUGCUGAUGUGUUACUGUGGAGGAACAAGCAAAUAUCUGCUGGUGUCCUCGUAGGUGUGACUGUUAUUUGGCUUCUUUUUGAAUGGCUUGGCUACCACCUGCUUACUCUCAUCUGCCAUUCACUUGUACUCUCAUUGUCUCUCUUGUUCCUCUGGUCGAAUGCAUCUGCACUUAUCAACAAGUCCCCACCAAAAUUUCCAGAAAUUAACCUAUCCGAAGAUGUGUUUGUGAGCAUAGCCGUAUCUUUGACAUAUGAACUCAACUGUGUUUUUGCCACUUUACGGGAUGUCGCAUCUGGGCGCGACUUGAAGAAAUUUCUUCUUGUGACUGCAGGCUUGUGGGUUCUUUCUGUUGUUGGAAGCUGGUGCAACUUCUUGACCCUCUUCUACAUAGUGUUUGUUAUUCUACACACUGUGCCGGUGCUAUACGAGAAGCACGAGGAUAAGGUCGAUUUUUUUGCGGAGAGGGCACUGGGUGAGGCAAAGAAGCAAUACAGAGUGGUGGAUGCCAAGUUCCUUCAGAAGAUUCCCAAAGGCCCUUUCAAGGACAAGAAGCUCCACUAAACACCCUACCCCCCCUUAUCCAUCACCCACUUCCGUAAAGCUCCCCAUUUUAGAAUUUGUUUUCCCUGCCUUUUUUUGGGCUUUAUUUGUUUUUGUUUUUAUGGAUUAUUAUUAUUAUUAUUAAUCUGAGUUUUGAGUUAGACUCGAGGAUUGCUCUUGCUAAUCAUGAAAAUUUCCUACAUUCUCUCUCUUGCUACCUUUGAGGAUUGCUUUUCUUAAUCAUGAAGUUUUUCUA